AACUCUCUCUUUUUUUCAGUUUUUUCCUACUCAUUCUCUAAAGUCAAGCAGCAGCCUUUACCCCUUUUUCUUCUUGUCCAUCCCACCAGCCCCUAAUUACCAUUUCAAGCUUCUUGUUCUUCUUUUUUUUGCCAAAAACACAAAUAAAAAAAGAAUCUUUAGCAAGGUAAAGGUUCUUGUUUUUCCCUUGUAAGUAUUUCUGGUGUGCCACUGCCUGCUUUUGUUAACUGAAGGUGAAAAUAGUUGAUUUUUAUUAUACAUUUGGUGUAGUCUAUUUAUCAGGUUGCCAUUACAGACCCAUUUUUAGACUAAAAAAAGAAAUAAAGAGUUUAUUUUUAGCAAAGUGGAUUUCCCCUCUACAUACAGAGAUACAGAAGGUAAUGUGUCAGGAAAUAAGACAUAUACAUGGAUAACUAAAAUAGCUGCAAAGGAUGGGUGGUUGCUGUUGCUCUUCAAGGAAGCCUCCCCAGCUUCAUGGAACGCCAAUAUUUUACUAUUUUCCACCAGCUUCUGAAGAGUAUGAGUCCCUGACAUCUGAUGAUAGUGCUGCUACUGCAUUUACCUCUGACCUUCUGGAUGAUUUGAACCUAGAUAGAUCAACACCAGACACUUACCGCGCCCCUCCUGCACCAAUUCCAUUUGAAGUAGUUUUGGGGCAUCCACAGUCGAGAGGUUCCCAGUUCACAGAUGAAACAGUACUUCAACAUAGCUAUGAGAUAACUGCUUGUAAAGAUAUUAAGUUAUCUGAUUGCAAAGCUGAAACGGAGUCUCUUCUUGCCUCCCUAAAGAAAACCGGGAUUGACCUAGUAAAAUCUACUUCACCUAUUAUUAAAUCAGCAGAAGAAGAGGAUGUUUGUCCCACUUGUCUUGAAGAAUAUGAUGCCGACAAUCCAAGAAUAGUCGCAAAAUGUAACCACCAUUUUCAUCUUUCAUGCAUUCUUGAGUGGAUGGAAAGAAGUCAAACAUGCCCAAUAUGCGACCAGGAAAUGAUAUAUGAAGCUCUAUGAAACUUUUCUAAUUGGAAGUUCCUUAGCUGGCCGUUGUCAACAUGAAACUUUUCUAAUCGAAAGCUCCUUAGACCUGGUCGUUGUCAACACAUGCCUCUACACAAGCAUUAUAACCACAUGAGGCUGUUAUGUUUCACUUGAACUCAUAAAAAUGUAAAUUCUCUAUGUAUAUGGAAGCGUAUGUUAGUAGAUCCUGCCCUGGAUGAAGAUGCGAGCUGCAUAUAUGCUGAAGCGAGCUAGAUUGCAGCCGGAGAACAAAAAGAAGCUGUAGUUUUGCAUUUGUUGCCCGGAAGAUUAAACCCUGAAAACGCGUGUUCUUGGUCAUGCUUGCUUCUGAGUCCCAAGUGUUUUACAAUUGCUCUUUUUGUUGUUGUAACUUUAUGUCAAUUGCUGUACAGAUUCUUCUGUCAGAGACUAUAGCAAUGGCAUUAUUCCUCAAAAGUUUUAUGGGCUCA